AUGUCGACCCAAACCGCGGCUCCCAACGCCGGCAACGCCGCCUUCAAGGACAAGGAAAAGCCCCAGGCUGUGCGCACUGCCAACAUUGUUGCUGCCAGAGCCGUCUCCGAUGCCAUUCGUACUUCGCUCGGUCCUAGGGGUAUGGACAAGAUGAUCCAAACCGGCAAGGGCGAGACCAUCAUCAUGCUCGUCGACCUUGCCAACGCUCAGGACAUUGAAGCUGGUGAUGGAACUACCUCAGUCGUCGUUAUUGCUGGUUCUCUCCUUGGUGCCUCCGAGCGCCUGCUGCANAAGGGUCUCCACCCUACCGUCAUCUCAGACUCAUUCCAACGCGCCGCAAAGCACGCCGUCGAAGUCCUUACCAAUAUCUCCAUCCCCAUCAACCUCUCCGACAGACAGGUCCUCCUCAAGGCCGCCUCUACUUCGCUCUCCUCAAAGAUUGUCGCACAAGAACCUAAGCUCGCUCCCAUGGCUGUUGACUCAGUCCUGAAGAUCAUCGACCCCAAGACCGCCGACAACGUUGACCUGAAGAACAUUCGCAUCCUCAAGAAGCCCGGUGGUGUUAUUGAUGACAGUGAGAUGAUCGAUGGUCUGGUUCUUAACCAGCAGGUCGUCAAGAGCGGUGGCGGUCCUACCAGAAUCGAGAAGGCCAGAAUUGCCCUUAUCCAGUUCCAACUCAGCCCACCGAAACCCGACAUGGAGAACCAAAUUGUUGUCAACGACUACAGACAGAUGGACAAGAUUUUGAAAGAGGAGAGAACAUACCUGCUCAACAUGGUCAAGAAGAUCAAGAAGGCAAAGUGUAACGUGCUCUUGAUUCAAAAAUCCAUCCUCAGAGACGCUGUCAACGACCUAUCUCUGCAUUUCCUGGCCAAGCUCGGAAUUAUGUGUGUCAAGGAUAUCGAGAGAGACGAGGUCGAGUUCAUCUGCAAGCCUAUCGCAGACAUCGACUCCUUCUCGGAAGACAAGCUCGCCAGCGCAGACCUUAUUGAGGAGGUUUCAUCGCUCGGUUCGCGCAUCACCAAGGUUACUGGCAUCAAGACAACAGGUCCCACCGCCCCCAAGACUGUCAGCAUCAUCUGCAGAGGUGCUAACCCCCUCAUUCUCGACGAGGCCGAGAGAAGUUUGCACGACGCACAGUGUGUGUUGCGCUGUUUGGUAAAGAAGAAGGCCCUCCUUCCUGGUGGUGGUUCGCCGGAAAUGGCUGUCUCACAUUCGCUCUCCAGACUCGCCCUCACCUCAUCUUACCCAGACAACAUCUGCUUCAAGGCCUUUGCCGAAGCUCUCGAAGUUGUUCCUAUCACCCUAGCAGAAAACGCUGGUCUCAACUCCAUCAAGGUUGUCACAGAACUCCGAUCACGACACGCAAAUGGCGAGACGAAUGUCGGUGUCAGCAUCAAGCGCGGAGGCGUCGGUGUCAUGGGUGGAGAGGUUGGCGGCAAUGCUGGAGAAAGUGGUGAGGGUGUUAUGCAGCCUCUUCUUGUCAGCACCAGCGCCAUUGAAUUGGCUGCCGAGACCGUCAAGAUGAUUUUGAGAAUCGAUGACAUUGCCCUGAGCAGGUAA